ACUUCUGAUCAACAACAAUCUUUCUGAUCAAUCACUUUAGAUUUUGGUCUUGAUUGAGACUCUAAAUUCCUUAUUUAUCAGUUUAAGGUACAGAUUGACCAGAUGGAGAACCCAUGGGGGAUAGUGAUAGCUGUUGCAGCAUUUCUCAUUCAAUUCAUUACGUUGGGAAUCUGUCUUUCUUUUGGUAUCUAUGUUAUAGAGCUACAAAAUGAGUUUGAUUCGGGCUUAUCAAUAAUUUCUUCUGUCGGUUUAAUACAUCUUGGAUUUCAGUUGGGCUCAGGCCCGUUUGCCAGUUUCCUUAUGCGGAAGAUGUCUUACAGAAAGGUUUGUUUAUUGGGCGCCAUAAUGAGUAGUGUCGGGCUAUCUGUGUUACCAUUUACUCCAAAUAUACCAUACCUGAUAGUGUUCUUCGGAGUUAUAACUGGCAUUGGAUUUUGUUUACUAUAUCUUCCUACCCACACUUUAUCUGUUCUGUGGUUUGAUAAAAAUAAAGGGCUGGUUACAGGAAUCGUCACUUCCGGUUCCUCGCUUGGAGGUGUUGUGUUUCCACACUUGAUUGAAUUUCUAAUUGAGGUGUUCGGAUGGAGAGGUUCGUUUUAUAUUCUAGCAGCAGUGAAUUUACAAACAGUGCUCCUCUCUGGUCUAAUGAGGGAAUCUCCGAUUCAACGGUCAUGGAAAAAAUUUAAAACGAAGAAUAUCGCCGAUGACAAUGAUUUCACUGAGAGCACAAUUUAUACAAUCACUGAAAUAAAUGGAGGCCUGAAUUAUCAAAAUGGGACAUGUAAGAACAAUUCUUCGGGUAUAGAUGUCUCCAAGAAAAUUACGAAAGGACAGAGAAAGAAACUGAUAGAAGAAAAGUCAAGAGCGACGAGUUUAAUGACUAACUUACCGUAUGUUAUUUACACGAUAAAUAACCUUUUGUGGAAAUUUGGUUCUUCUGUGCACCUGCUUCUUGGACCAGAUUAUUACACGAAAGUUGGUCUUGAUGGAACCCAAGCAGCAUCGCUCGUAUCCAUUGAUCAAGGCGCAAUGGUAGUUGGUUCCGUUAUUGGUGGAAUUCUUGGAAACCAUCGGAAAAUCAACCGGUGUCUCUUGUUCAUGGCCACAAAUUUUGUGUCGGGCUUCUGUCUCCUCGCUUUUUCAGUACCGCUAUUUCACACAAUGGACGCAUUCGCCAUUUUGAAUUCUUUGUAUGGAGUGAGAUUCGGGAUAUCCCUCGGAUUGUUGGUAAUUCUUUUGUCUGACUUCGUUGGAAGUGAGCUGAGUGGGGAAAGUAUGGGAUAUCUAACUCUAGUCUCCGGGGCGGGAACGCUCCUGGGACCACCUUUAGGAGGUUACCUGGUACAGGAAACAGGUUCGUACGCCAUGGCGUAUUACCCGGCAGGGGCGGCUACUCUGCUCAGUGGACUCGUGAUGAUGCUUGUUCCACUGAGAGACUGUUUCCGGCGGUCCAAUACAUAUGUCAUAACAUCAACCGAGGAAGGGACAUAAAAUACAAAUACAUUC